AUGCCGUUUUACAACCCGAUAUUGUACUUCACUCCUAUUGAUACCGCCAAGACAAGUGAUUUUACAAGUAGUUUCUUUCAGAUGGGUGACGACAGGGUGAAGAUUGCUGAGGCUGAAUCAUGCUUCGAAGAAUUCGAAUCACAGUUUGCAAAGUUUUGUCACUGUACUCUACCGAACGAUGUUCAUAGUCAGUGUUUUAUGUCUGGAACUGGGAAUUAUUCUCAUCCUUUUACGGAAAGAUAUUUGCGUCGUACUGUGGAUGAACAGCUAAGGGAUCUUACACUUGAAAGUGAACGCAAUCGGACGCGCACAGGUCGUGAUCCACAGAACAGUAACUUCGACAGAAACUCAAUUUCUAUUUUGCAUCGGCGUGGAAGAUUUGAUUCACGUAGAGCUCAAGACUCUGUAACACAGUCUUCAAGUGGAAUCGCAGAGGCGGAAAGCAGUGACAACUUUCUUGUGGAUGAAGAAGAAGCCGAAGCUACAGUUGCUACGGAAGAAGAACUUGACGGCACUGAAUAA